CGUCAUCAUCAUGCGCCUCUUGUUUACGAAUAAGCUUGCGGUAUGGAAGUUGCUAGCCUCAGAAAUGGUACGAGGUGAAAUAACUAAACUGUUUUACGUCAAGUUGAGUAAAUAAACAAUUACUAAUGAAAUAUAUAAUGUCGUUGCACCUCGAUAAAAUGAAAAAUUGAGGAAAUCGGAAACUCGAAAAAAAAUGGAAUGAAACAAAUUAAUAAACCCAAUAUAUGCUUUUCUGAACAAAUGUCCACUCAACAGACCUCAAAUCUACAAUUUGAGGCCAAUGGACUCCACGGCUUUGUUACCUUUAGUUUUUAACUUUUUUGAGAGACAUUAACCAAAAGGCAGACCUCAGUAAAUGUGAGGAAACAUGGACAAUGAUGAUGACUUGGAAACACUUGGCGAACAGUUAUACACUCGGAUUUUUCACAAACACAACGAGAACACUGGGAAACUUACAGGUAUGCUGCUAGAGCUUCCUGCACCUGUCCUGAGAAGGAUACUGCAGGAUGAGGCCAUGCUUGCAACAGCCGUGGAAAAAGCAGUUAAAGCCCUGCAUGUGGAUAUGCACCAGGAGACCAGCAAAACAACAAAUAAGGAAGAAGACAACGACUCCAUGUCUUCGGACUCUUUGGGCGAGCAGCUUUUUGACCUGGUGGACAUUUAUAACACCGGAUACUCACAGAAAAUCACAGGCAUGUUACUGGAACAGGACAAGGAGGCUGUGUUAAAGCUUCUCUCAGAUCCCAAACAGCUGGAAGAGCAGCUGAAUGCAGCGCUCAAGACCUUAGAACAGCAGCGUGUCGAGGAGACAGACGUAAGCGACGCAUCGGACCCCGAGGACACCGAGGGGUUGGGAGAGAAGCUCUUCUUGCAGGUGGAGGAACUGGACAAGCUUCAUGCGCAUGAAAUCACCGGCAUGUUGCUGGAAAUGGACGCUGAUGUUCUCCGUCGGCUGCUUCGAGAGCGCACCUUGCUCGAGGCUGCCGUUCACAAAGCACAAGCAGCCCUCAGCACAUGAUAUCGUUGAAGAUUUGGCGAGUGAAAGUUGAGGUGGGUGUGCUUAUAUUGAGUCUAAUGUGGGCUGACCUUUGUUUGUGAAAUUGCUGUAAAAUAAUCCUUAGGGUAUUUGCUAAAAGACAUUGAGUGAUAGAAAGUAUCUUGUAAUGAAGGCUCCAUGCAAAUAACACAUUUCAAAGUGCUCAAGCGCAAAAAAUACCUUUAUUAAGUAUUUGCCUUUGAUUCUUGUAUUUUACACGAUCCAUGUGCUGAAACAAAAGGGGACCUUUUCAAAUCAAGUCUACAAGACAAAAAUGGAAUUAAAUAUGGGGGGGGGCUAGCAGGCCAGGUCUGAUAAGUAAUUCCAUUAAAAAUCAUGUUAGUAAAUUACAGUGUGUGUACUCACAGGUACAACUUGUGUCACAAUUUUUAUAGCAGAGGUCGUUACAAACAUGAAUUGGUGACAAUUGUUCCAAAUGCUUCUCAUCAAAUGACACAAAUUUAUUCUCCACACAUUCACACACACAUACCUUUAUGCCUAAAGCUCAUAAAUACAAUCGAUCUCAUAUACAAACAUUUGGAUUAUUUUUUUUUUUUCUCCUCUAUUCUCUGCACGGGGUGGUUCAUGAUUCCUGCUGGUUACUCAUGACAAGAUAUUUGCACUUAAGUCAUUUGAUUGACAGGAGGGCUUUUAAAAUAAAUAUGUGGAAACAUGCAGCAUCCUCACA